GCAGAUAAAAGGGAGACACUUCUCUCUCUCUCAGUGCAAAGGGGCUCCUUCAUCUUAUCUGUCCUUCUGAUUUUCCCUUUUGACUGCUUAAAUCCAAAGCAAUCAUGUCUUUUUCACAAGUCUCCAUCAGGAAGCGGCAAACUGUUAGCAGUGGUGGUGGUGGAAGAGGGGGUUUUAGCACCUGCUCACUUGGAGCAAUUGGAGGAGGAUCUCGGGCUGGAGGUAGCUAUGGGUCACGCAGUGUCUAUAACCUUGGUGGAAAAUAUAGAACUUCCAUAAGUGCAGCCAGUGCUCGAGGUGGGGCAGGAGGAUUUGGUGGUGCCGCUGGUGGAGGAUUUGGUGGUGCCGCUGGUGGAGGAUUUGGUGGUGGCUUUGGAGGAGGACAUGGUGGUGGAAUGUUUGGUGGUGCAGGGGGCAUGGGUGGAAUGGGUGGCAUGGGAGGCCCAGGAUUUGAUGGAGGGGAUAUGGGAUUCCCUGUUUGCCCACCUGGUGGAAUUCAGCAGGUUACUAUCAAUACACAUCUUCUGCAGCCACUUGAUCUGGCUAUAGAUCCAAACGUCCAGAGAGUAAAAGCAGAGGAAAGAGAACAGAUUAAAACUCUUAACAACAAGUUUGCAGCUUACAUUGACAAGGUCAGAUUUCUGGAACAGCAAAACAAAGUCCUUGAAACAAAAUGGAAACUGCUGCAGGAACAGGGAACUAAGCACAGCACCAAAAGGGCCAACCUAGAGCCCCUGUUUGAGAAAUACAUUGGCGAUCUGAGGAGAUAUUUAGAUACUUUAAUAAAUGAAAGGGGCCGUUUGGAGCAUGAACUGAAGAAUCAGCAAGAUCUUGUGGAGGAAUAUAAGAAAAAAUAUGAGGAUGAAAUUAACAAGCGUACCAAAGCAGAAAAUGAUUUUGUGCUACUUAAAAAGGAUGUCGAUGCUGCCUUCAUGGCUAAAACAGACCUUGAGGCCAGGGUGGAUGGAUUGACAAGUGAAAUCAACUUCUUAAGAACUCUUUAUGCUGCUGAAUUGUCACAGGUACAUGAACAAGUCACCGACACCUCAGUUAUUCUGACUAUGGAUAACAACCGUGAUUUGAACCUGAGUGGUAUCAUUCAAGAAGUGAAAUGUCAAUAUGAGCAAAUUGCACAAAGAAGCAAGAUGGAAGCUGAAGCUCUGUACGAUAAUAAAUACAAGGAGCUGCAGAAAACAGUUGAAGGACAUGGACACAGCAUAAAGAAUUCCAAGGCUGAAAUAGCAGAACUGAAUCGUAACAUUCAGAGGCUGAGGGCUGAAAUUGAAAAUCUCAAGAAGCAGAUUGCAGGUCUGAAUCAAUCCAUUGCUGGAGCUGAAGAAAAGGGCAACCUUGCUCUCAAGGAUGCAGAAAAGAAACUUCAUGAUCUUGAAGCUGCUGAAAAGAAACUUAAGGAGGACAUGGCUCGUCAGCUUAAAGAGUACCAAGAACUUCUGGCUGCUAAGAUUUCACUGGAUGUCGAAAUUAGCACUUACGGACUCAUGCUGGGAGGAGAAGAGCACAGAAUGUCUGGACAGAUUGCCAACAAUGUCAGCAUAUCUGUAAUCAGCGGAGGUUCAAAUGUAUACAGCGCUCUUGGCGGUGCAGCAGGCGGAAUGGGAGGCGGCAUGGGCAGUGGAAUGGGAAUUGGAGGCGGCAUGGGAGACGGAAUGGGAAGUGGAAGCUGCCUUCAAGGUAGCAUGGGUUCCGUCCAUGGUGGUAAAUAUGGCUAUGGAGCUGGAUAUGAAGGCGGCUCCAUGCACGGAGGAAGCGGCUCAUUUGGCCAUCAUGGCGGCAAAACCUCAUCGUCAGUUACAUACACAACCAAGAAAACCUAUUAAUUUAAAGCAGCAGCAGUCACACUUUAAAGCCACCUAUCACUAGACCUUUGCCUAACUAACAGAAGCUUGAAUAGUAUGUAAUGAGUGUGUCAUCCUACUUCUAUCCCUUUUUCCUUCUCAAUGUCAAUAACCAUAAAAAUUGGUCUCCACAACACAGUACUUCCUUAUAACACAGUCAUAUGAUGUCUCUGUAUUUUCUGUCAUUAAUUGACACUCCCGAAAGGAAGGUAGUGUAGCCUGUCAAGUUUAGAUGGAAAGAACUGAAUUUUAGUGAAAUAUAUAAACUAUCUUCUUAGCUAUCUUACUCUUGGGUGUUGGUAUGGACUCUCAGCUGUUUGUAUGGAGGUAACUGUGUUCUUAUGUCUCCUAGCAACAAGUUAAGAAGAUAUUUACUAAUGAUUACAUCUAGUUCUGUAAAUUCCUGCUUAACGUUUAUCUGAGAGGAAAGGGGAUCCUGGUUGUUUGUCUCUUAGGGCCAGUGGUACGGCAUAUGCAUCGCUUUGGUUUUCUGAAGUCACCAGAAGUUGCCUCAUGACUAAUCUCCCUGUUUGCCAGUGCCCUUAAUGCAUUGCUGUAUUUUCCUAAACGUUCAAGAACAUCUCUUUUUUCUUUGUUUCUUCAAUAAACUGCAUUUGGAACUCAA